AUGAGCAACAUCGAAUCAAUAUCAUCAACAGCAACAACAACAUCAACUACAUCAACUACAACAACAACAAUAAUCAAUAAUACAGUGGCAUCAGCAGCAACAACAAUAUCACAACCUGCAAUACAAUUAUUGCAGGAUACAACUAGGUCAUCAACGAUAGAGACGACGACGACCAAUAGCAGUCCCCCCACGAAUAGUGCUGCCACUUCAGGGACGACCGCCAACGCUGGCGCAGGCACAACUACAACUCAUACAUCCACCAACAACAACAACAAUAACAACUCAGCGACAGUAACAUCAACAACUACAACAACAACAACAGCAACACCAACAACUGUCAAACAGAGCAAAUGGGACAAGCAGGUGAGCAGCACACCUGAGCUGAGAUCGUCAUCGUCUUCUUCGUCAUCUGUGCCUAGUGUGGGCGGCGGUGAUCAGCUGCCGCCUCAGCCUCCUGCAAAGGAGUCAAAGUGGGACAGUCGUGAGCAGCGUCCGGUGCCUGUGCGCCAACAGCCACAGCAUCUGCCGCCACAACUGCCGCUGUCCGGCCCCCAUAUGGGCUACUUUGGCGUAGCCGGCGCCGGCAGUAGAUAUCAGCACGGUGGUGUUGCUGGGAGACAGUAUGACGACGACUAUAGGCGGCCGCCUCCACCACUGUCGCCCCUGCCCCCACUGCCCUCAGGCAGAUACAGAGACGCCUAUAGAGACGGACGUCCGUGGACGCCGCGGGACUCGCGCGAUCCACACUACCUGCCAGGUGAUCGUGACAGUCUGCCAAGGGAUAGUGUGCCCAGGGACAGUCUGCCUCGCGACAGAGAGUAUAAGGAGAGAUGGAGCGGGCGCGGGCCACCACCCCCAGGCGGUGCGAUGCCCUAUCGUCCACCCCUGCUUCACACGCCUCACGGCGGCGGACAUCCUGGCGUCGCGCCGGGCCACCGUCCACGAGACGGCGAGCCAGUCGACCAUCUGGACGCCAUCAUGCAGUCACUGUCGGUCACGGAGCGACAGUUCUACCAACAGACGUCGGUGCAGACUCUUGAGAUGCUCAAGAGCAAUGGAACGUUUGACAGGAUCAGGUCGAUCAUCGCCAAUCAGAUGAUAGAGAAUGGAGCACAAGACCGUCUCAAGCUGGAUAUAAGAGCACGACUAGAGGCGUCGAGCAUGCUGAAACAAUACGCAAAGGAUCGAAACAUCAACAAGAGAACGAUGUUCUUGCAACUGCGCAAGGAGACUGAAUAUGCUGGCGAGUUGAUUACAAAGGAGCUGAUACAUAUCAUCAGACAGAAGGAUAAGGAGCCACGAUUGACCAUAACCGAUUCGAUUAAUAAGUUGAGAAAGUCACUGAAUGACCAAGCUGCAGAAGAAGAGGAAGAUGACGAUGACGAAGAGGAGGAUGUUGUAAAAGGUGUUGAUAGCUCUGAUGAAGAGGAGGAAGAGGAUAAGGAAGUGUCAAAGAAGAAUGACAGAGAGGCGGAGGAAGAGGAACACGAUAUAUCACUGAAGCUUAGACAGCCAAUUGGUGGUGGCUCGGCAAAGUCCUCGAGAGACAACAGCAACAACAACAACAACAGGUCAUUCACCAAUGGCAAUUCAAAGUCUGGAUCAUCGUCCAAGAAUAAUCAUACAGUUCAUCACGCUCGAGCAAAGACAGCGUCUGUUGAAAGCGACGAGAGCGAUAGUGAUAGUAGUGACGACGAGGACAGCAGCGAGGAGGAGAGUGACAAUGAGACCCGAGAGAAGCAAACAUAUAGCAAUAGGAGGAGGCUUAUUUCUCCAUCGAAGCCCAAGACUAGUUUAUCAUCAACAUCAAAACAACUGUCCUCUUCCACUUCCUCCAAGACAUCAUCAUCAUCAUCAAAACAACUGUCCUUUGCCAAGGAUACAACGACGAACGAUAAGAAACGAAAGGAUGAGAUAGCAGAUGACAAGGAGCAGCUGAAAAAGAGAAGGGUCGACGAAGACGAUCAUACUUAUCGCCAGCGAGGACAACGUGACCAUGAACCACCGAGCACCAAAGCACCAAAGUCUACCGCCACCCCACCUCUUAGUAGUUACAAAUCACGUGACAGCAACAAAUAA